AUGAUGAAAACAUACUGUCCGUAUACGUGUCAACAGUGUGAGGAUGAUUGUAGGGAUGCUGUAGCGUAAGUUUUUUUAUCUAUCUAUUUUUUAUCAGCGUAUGAUAAAAUUUUUUAUAUAAAAACUUAUUGUAAAUUCUGUUUUACAUACGGAAUUACUAACAUAUACCAUACUGUAAUACAAAGGACAAGGCUAUGACACUACAAUAUUGCAGUUGUGACUCAAUUAAAGCCAUGGGUGGCUGUAACAGAAAUGGCGGAGUAUACGAUUGGAAUAUCAUUGAACGUUGGUGUCCGCGCACUUGUGGCCUAUGUAAGCAACCAGCUCGCAAAAUUACGCCAUCAAAGAUAGGAGGAAACAUUGAAGAUAUGCUAAAGAAUUUGGACAACAUAAUGAGCCAUGGCUUUGAUUUGGACUCUAUUUUGGGCAAAAAGAAAAAAGAAACUACUGCAGCCCCAACUACAGUUUCUACAACUACUCAAGGUGUUACGGCAGCUCCUGAACAGGUUACUGAAGCCUCUGUGGAAGUUACAGAAGCUCCUAGAGAAGAAGUAGUUGAAGUUUCUGUAGUUUACGAAUCCACUGAAACUUACGAAGAAGAAAAUUCAGAAAACAGUGAAAGUGACGGUUCUACAAACUCUGAAGAAAAUAUUAGCAACGACGAUGCUCAAACUAGCCAACCAGAAAUUGUUAGCAGACGUUUUCCAGGAUCUCGAAGAGCUUCAGGUGCUACAAGACAGCCCGAUUUUGUAAGCAGGGCUUCUUCAAAGCCUCAAGGAGUUUCUAAUAAGCCUGAUGUUGUAAGCAGGGCUUCUUCAAAACCUCAAGGAACGUCUAAGCAACCGGACUUUGUUAGUAGACGCUCUGCUAAACCUAAUGGAGGCACUGAUGCUACAAGACAACCAGACGUUUUUAGUAGGCACUCUGCUAAAACUAAUGGAGUUUCUAAUGUUACAAGACGUCCAGAUGUUGUUAGUAGAGCAUCCUCAAAAUCACACAAAGAAUUUGAAAAUUCACGCCCAUCAUCAGCUCAAACCAGUCGGCCAGGUAUUGUUAGUAGGCGUUCACCAAGACCACAAGGUGUGUUCAGUGCUACACAACAACCAGACGUUGUUAGUAGACGCUCUGCUAAACCUACUAGGGUAUCCGAUCCUACAAGACAACCCGAUUUUGUUAGUAGGCGCUCUGCUAAACUUAAUGGAAUAUCUGAUGCUACAAGACAAUCAGAUGUUGUUAGUAGAGCUUCUCCACGACCAAACGGUGCUUCUAUAAUUCCUAACAAAGCCUCCGCCGGUACAAAACAACCAGAUGUUGUAAGCAGGCGUUCACCUAGGCCUCAAGUAGUUUCUGAUAAACCGGACCUUCUAAACAGAACUCCUGCAAAUCCUCGAGGAGCUUCAAGCGCUACAGUACAACCAGAUGUUGUUAGCAGACGUUCACCAAGACCUCAAGGAGUGUCUGUAAACGCUAACGGUGUUUCAGGCGCUACUACCCAGCCGGAUGUUAUAAGUAGACGUUCACCAAGACCUCAAAGCGCUUCAAGUGCUACAGCACCACCUGAUGUUGUUAGCAGACGUUUACCAAGACCUCAAAGCGCUUCAAGUGCUACAGCACCACCUGAUGUUGUUAGCAGACGUUCACCAAGCCAUAUGAACGCGUCCGCUAGUCCACAAAAAGUAUCAUCUCAGACCAAUCAACCGGAAGUUGUAAGCGGACGUUCACCUAGGCCUCAGAUAGUUUCUGCUCAACCAGAGGUUCUAAACAGAGCUUCUGCAAAACCGCAUGGAGCUUCAGCUGCUACAUCACAACCAGAUGUAGUUAGCAGACGUUCACCAAGACCUCAAGGUGCUUCAAGUGCUAAAUCACAACCAGAUGUUGUUAGCAGACGUUCACCAAGCCCGAUCAACGCCUCCGCUAGCCCACAACGUGUGUCAUCGCAAACCAAUCAACCUGACGUUGUUAGUAGACGUUCUGACAAACCAGAUAUUCUUUCUCGUAGCUCCAAAACACCUGGUGUGUCUCACAACCCUAACGUACAUGAAGUUUUUACCAGACGGUCAAACCAACCAGAUGUAAUGACAAGACGUCCACAACAAAACAGCUCUCCGGUGAAUGCUCACAGCGUUACACCAAAUUCACACAUUGAAAAUAGUGUGGAAGAUGCAAAAGAAGGACCAAACUGUGAAUACGAACCUGGAGUAAAGAUUCCUAAGAGCUCCAGAGCUACUCAACGUAUGAAGGCUUCAACUGCGGCUCCGUUGAGUCAAUAUGUUAAGGUGUCAAGUGUUGCUCCACAGCCUGUUGUGGGUAGGAACAAUCAAGCACAAGGUUAGUUUUAAUUUUUAAAGGCGUAUAUAUCUUUCUAAGUUAACAAAUUUUUUUACGAAAGCUACAGUAAGCUAAACUAGUCAACUCUAAAAAAUUAUCUUUCCAGCCAAGCCAACUCAAAAACCAAUAGUAGUUUACAUCCUCGAGCUCUCAAGCUUCAGCAAUCUCUACAAGAACCGUGGCAAAUGGGCCGUCUCCACUGGUGUCACAGUAGAUGACAUUCCAUUAAUUCUUACUGUAAAGUCAUCAAACUGUAACGGAAAUCAUUUCUGCUUAGAGGUUGACGUAGAAGGUGACAUACCGAAAGAUCAUGUAUCAGAAGCUAAAGUUAAAGUACGAGUACUAAACGCGGACGAUGCUAAAGAGUUCUCACGGGUUGUGCCACAUACUUUUACACAAAAGACAUUGAAGUUAGAAGCCAAGAACCUGUCUGAUUUGGAUGUUCUUUAUGACCCGAAGAAUGGGUUUAUUAAGGAUGAUAAGGUGAGGGUUGGGGUUGAGAUUGAUAUUCAACAAGCGGCGAGUGGAUAA